GUCUGUCACUCAAUCAUCAGUAAUGGGAGGGAUUUAGGGAAACCAAUGUCAUAUUUAUAUGCUACUGAACGCUGAAAUAUAGGGGACAUCUGCAAUAAAAGUAAGAUACAGAAACCGUAGCCUGUAUCGGAGUUGUAAGAAGUAGAUUUUUUGCGCUUUAGAGAGACACCAUGGAUGAUAGAGAAGCGACACGCUUCCCUCUUAAACACAGAUUCAAGGAUUUAUUACUUCGUGAACAAAACGACCCCAAGUUUCAGGUUGAAUUCCUUGUCAAAGAAAGUAGUUUCAAAGAACGUCUCCAGUGGUACUUGAUCAAAAACCAACGAUCAAGUCUCAGUGUGAGAGUGUUUUAUCUGUCACUCAAGGUGUUGAGCUGUAUUUUGUAUGUAUCCAGAGUGCUGACUGACUGUAAACAUCAGACACAAUGCUCAAGCCAUCACGGUAACUAUACCCUGCUUGAAAUCGACUGGGCUCCGGUUAUUUGGGUUGAUCGAAAUGAAAUACUUUGGGCUGUACAGGUGUCUGUUGCUGUCAUUUGUUUAUUCAUGAGAAUCCUACUGACAUAUCUACGAUACAGGGGUAACAUAUUGCAGCAGGUACUUCAAAUGGCGUUUAUCUUGGAAUUGAUUGACACCGUGCCUUUUGUAAUUGGAAUUUUUUAUCAAUCCUUCCGGAAGCUCUUCGUUCCUGUUUUUCUGAACUGCUGGCUGGCAAAACGUGCUUUGGAAAGCACGGUUAAUGAUCUUCAUCGAGCUAUUCACCGGACACAGUCAGCCAUGUUCAAUCAGGUCCUCAUGCUCAUCUCCACCAUUGUCUGCCUCAUUUUCACUUUCAUUUGUGGUGUUGAGCACUUGCAGCGAGCCGGAACAAAACUCACAGUUUUUGACUCUUUCUACUUCUGCAUCGUGACCUUUUCUACAGUGGGGUUUGGAGAUGUUGUUCCUGAUAUUUGGCCAUCCAAGUUGCUGGUGGUUUUUAUGAUACUUGUCACUUUAAUGGUCCUGCCAAUCCAGUUUGAGGAGUUGGCUUAUCUGUGGAUGGAGCGGCAGAAGUCUGGAGGAUAUUACAGCAGACAGAGAGCAGAAACAGAGAAACACGUGGUGUUGUGUGUCAGUUCAAUCAAAAUUGACCUGCUGAUGGAUUUCCUAAAUGAGUUUUAUGCCCACCCUAAACUUGAGGAGCACUAUGUCAUCAUCCUUUGCCCAACUGAGCUGGAUGCAGCAGUCAGAAGUGUGCUGCGGAUCCCAAUGUGGUCACAUAGAGUCAUAUAUCUGCAGGGCUCUGCCCUCAAAGACCAAGACUUGGUCAGAGCAAAACUGGAUUAUGCUGAGGCUUGUUUCAUUCUGACUUGUCGCUGUGUGGCUGACCGCAAUGCAGCAGAUUAUCAGACCAUCCUGCGUGCUUGGGCAGUGAAGGAUUUUGCUCCAGGCUGUACUCUUUUUGUUCAGAUUCUCAAACCAGAAAACAAAUUUCAUGUGAAAUUUGCAGAUCAUAUUGUUUGUGAGGAAGAGUUUAAAUUUGCCAUGCUGGCCAUGAACUGCAUCUGUCCUGCAACAUCUACAUUCAUCACCCUUCUGGUGCACACCUCACAAGGCCUAGAGGGCCAGCACUCUCCUGAGGACUGGCACAGAAUUUAUGGCAAAUGCUCAGGAAAUGAAGUGUACAGUAUAGUUCUGAACAAAAGCAUCUUCUUUUCUGAGUAUGAAGGAAACAACUUUGCUUAUGCAUCAUUUAACGCAUAUAAUAAGUAUGGCAUCUGUCUCAUUGGAGUCUGUCCUGAGGACACUAAGAGCAUUCUGCUGAAUCCUGGUGCUCAGUAUACCAUGAAUGCCAUGGACACGUGCUUCUAUAUCAGUCUCACCAAGGAGGAAAACUCCUAUGUUAAGCAGAGAGAGUGUGGAAACAACAGCAAGACUCAACCGCCAAUGGGGAGUGCCAUUACAAGACCAGGGACCAUGGCCAUAGAUAUACAGGAAAUAAGCAUUCCAUCCAGUUUAGAACCAUCGCUCUCAACUGGAGCUAAUACAUCUGAGAGAAGACAACCAAUCAUUAUUCCUGUUCUAGAACUGCCUGAUUCACCUUCUUUUCAGGCUAGCAAGCUACUCAGUGGUCAGUCAAAGAGUCACAUAAAUGGAGAUGAAAGCAAUGAUGGUUACUUUAUAGGAUAUCCUCCAAAUUUACCCUACAUUGGAAGCUCGACAAUCCUUUGCCAUUUACGAAAAAAGAAAAUGCCCACAUGUUGUAUGCAUCUGGAAAAGUUUUUGUCCAAGACCUGCAACCACAAAGACGAUGAAGAUGCAAAAGUGUAUAGUUUGAAGAGUAAGCUGGUCAUUGUGUCUGUUGAGACAGCAGGAAACAGCCUGUACAACUUCAUCCUCCCAUUACGAGCCUCGUACAGACCACAGAAUGAACUGUGGCCCAUUGUGCUGCUCUUGGAGCAUGUACCGGAUGAAGAAUUUCUUGAGACGAUCAGUUGGUUUCCAAUGAUUUACUACUUGCUUGGAUCAAUCGACAGCACCAUCACUGUAGUGCUUAAUUAUGCAUGCAACAUAUUCUCUGCCUUUCCUUACAGCCUGGAUGACCUGUUGCGUUGUGGCGUUUCUUUUGCUGCCAGCAUGGUGGUUGUGGAUAAGGAAAGCACCAUGACUGCUAAGGAGGACUACAUGGCGGAUGCAAAAACCAUAGUUAAUGUUCAGACUCUGUUCAGGUUGUUCUCUGGUCUGAACAUCAUCACUGAGUUAACUCACUCUGCUAACAUGAGAUUCAUGCAGUUCAGCACAAAGGACUGUCAUUCCCUGGCAUUCUCCAAACUAGCAAAGAAAGAAAGAGAAAAAGGCUCAAACCUGUCCUUCAUAUUUCACCUUCCGUUUGCUGCUGGUAGGGUUUUCAGCAUCAGCAUGCUAGACACACUCCUCUACCAGUCUUUUGUUAAAGAUUAUAUGAUAACAAUCACCAGGCUCCUGCUGGGGUUGGAAACUACACCACAGUCUGGUUUCCUGUGUGCCAUGAGCAUCACCGAGGAGGACCUAUGCAUUGAGACAUAUGGCAGGCUGUACCAAAGGCUUUCCUCCACUGUAGGAGAUAUUCCCAUCGGCAUCUACAGGACCAAGUCUCAAACAGUUGAAUCCCCUGAGACUCCACAAUUCCAAAUGUCAGACAAGGCAUCUGUGUUUGAUGAGGGCGGAGACCUAGAUGAGCAACAUCAGAAUCUUCAAUGCGAAAUACCAGACAGUCAAUUGCAGACACAGUCUCUGCGUCGGAGAAGCAUGCAGUGGGCUUCCAGUCUCCUUGGGCCAUGGCACACUGAGCGUGAGGCAGACAGAUUGAGUCAGCAUCGGGGUGUCCUGCUUUCAUGCUCUGAGAGACUGGAGGUCACAGAGCUGGUCAAGAAACGCAUGAAAAACCUGGGCCUAUCCACUCUGGGAUUUGAUGAACAGACCAAUAUCAAGAACAGCCACGCUUACAUCUUAAUCAACCCAUCUUCUGAUACAAAACUGGAGCUCAAUGACAUUGUGUACAUAAUCCGUAAAGAUACUCUAUCUUCCAAGCUGGACAAUAACUAACAGCGCUAAGAACAGCAAGAGAAGCAGGUCACAAAAAAAAGAGGAACACAAAGCUGGAUAGUCAUCUCUAAACAAACACCUUGCUCUGCUUACAAUAAUGCAUGUCUCAAUCAUAUACAUUUACAUCAUUAUUCAUGCCUCAUGCUCAACUUGACAAAGACUUUGGCUCAGAGUUCUCUGUCCAAUCCUGACUCAGUUUAGCCUCAGAAUUUCGGCAAGACUCAUGUUAACAUUUGGCAGAGAGAACUAAAAUAAAGAAUAGUGCAUGGAUCUACAUCUUCUCAUUUCCCACCACCUUGAAUAGAUGAAGCAUAUUGACAAUGUAGUCAGCUUAUUAAAAACACAAAGGAACUUUUUUUGAUGAGAAUAAUUAAAACACUGGGUGUCAACAAUCAUUUCAUUAAAAUAACAUUUCAACC